GAAUGAUUGACAUUUGGUUGGAAUACACAAGCUUUUACUCUUUUUUAAAGAAACGAUGAUACGUUGUGCAGAAUUGGCUUGAUUAUGGGAAGUGGAAGCACGAAGUAUAUUGAUCCCGUUCGAGUUCCACGAACCAAGGGUAAGUAUCCUCCACCUGCUCCACCAAAAUGGCUGCUUCCCGACCUUCGCCCUUUAGUGACAGCGCCUGAGAUAAUAGACCAGGGCAGUCUGAACGUCGACUGGGAGGCACUGGAACACAUCCUGGACGCUGAACUAGAAGAUGGAAUAGAUGGAGAUAAUGAUAUACACAAGAAAGGCGCUAGUGAUGUCAUUCAAAAGAGCGAUUACGACGAGAUACGACCUCCUUCUCGAGUGGCAGCACGGUCGAAAAUCAACUCAGGAUAUAAGAAAUCUAUGAGAGCUAGGACGGAAGGAAAGAAGACUGUUCUAUCCUUUAACAUUGUUGAUAAACACGCACGAACGGCUACUGCAAAACACAACCAAAGUUUCAGUGACCUGAUAUCAUUUUUGUCACAACCGAUAUACCAGGACACGUUUCCCAACACUUACUUAGUGAGAGCACUUAUCGUCUGGUUUGCUGGACAGAAUGUUAAAAAGACAAAAUAUAAGGAGGCUUCUCUUGAAACUCCUGACGGUAUUCUACAAAACCUUCGAAAUGAGACACUAUCUUUUACCGAAGCAUUUACAUUGAUAUGCAGGGGUGCAGAAAUUCCCACGGUGAUUAUUCUGGGUUAUGUGAAGGCUGGAAAAUACGAGCCCGGAGACAUCGUGGAUCACGGCGCCCAUGACACCUGGUGUGCCGUGUAUGUGGACGGCAGCUGGCAGCUUAUACACCCGCUCUGGUUCUGCAGAGGAAUGUACGGCCCCGUGCGAGAUGGAUUCGUUCAGAUAGAAAAUGACCCGUUUCUUGCGCGGAAAGCUGCUGCCAAGAAAAAGUCAGACAAACACCACCUUGAGAUUAACGAAGAAUUUUUCAUGCCACGUCCUGAUGUGUUUAUAUACAGAUGUUAUGCAAAGGAACAGGAGUGGCAUUUAAUACCAAAGGAGAGAACUCUGAAAUCGUUAGAGGAGUUUGGCAUGCUAGCUUACAUUUCUCCUGCAUUUUUUACAUAUGGCCUCAAACUGAUCAGUGAACCAUAUUGUGUUCAAAAGGCAUUCGAUGGCAUCGUCUUGAUUAUCAUAAAUGCUCCCAAGGGACAUGCACAUCGCCUCAAUAUUGAUUUUGAUAUUGAGGCCGAUACUGAUGACCAGGACUUAAAACCUCAGGGCAAGUUAGUUCACAAGAAAGUGCUGAAUAGACUAGUUUUAAAUUACCGAAGUAACGACACAUUUGUGUUUGAAAUUAGAUUACCCACACCAGGAGCAUACAAACUUGUCUUAACUGGAGGGUUUGGGAACGAACUAUCAAACCUGUGUAGAUUCAAGCUCAUUUCAAUGGAUACACCAAGAGAAUGGUUCUUCACUCCGGUUGAGCCAGGUGCGGAGUGCUGGGGCCCUGGACCGAAGUCAGAGCAAGCGGGGUUACUUCUUGCCUCUAAACCCAGCGGCGUAUUGGUGAUACCCCCGAAACUCAUCUCUGGCAUAACGCGCAAUGCCUCAGUUUACUACCAACUCACAACCAUCACGUUUCAAAUUAGCAGAGCGGUUUACAGAAAAUACGAUUAUUCAGCAGAAAUUAUUCCGUCGAUAUAUGUUCAUGAAGGAAAUAUCGACGACCACAUCUCUUCAAAUGGAGACAUCAAACCAAACAUUAAACGAAACGCAAACAACCCGGAAUCAAGCGAUGAAACAAAAUCGGACGAAUAUCCAGUACGCAUUCAGAUUACGAAAGAUGCUUCAACACGACAGUUGACGUUACAGAUACUUGGUCGUUUAGAUGGAGGGGAGUGCGUUGUUGAAAUCUCAGCCACUGAAAUGGACGUCAAAAACAACCUAAGAAUCCCUAAGAAAGGUUCAACAAGAGUGGUUUGCUAUUAUCUGCUCAGUGGAAACAACGUUUUAUUUAGAGAGCGGACCGAGAUCAAACUUGUGAAAACAUCACUUCAAGAAGCCAUGAAGACAGACGAAAUUAAUCGAAUACAACUUGCUGUAGACAAAUGCUUCAGAAUGAAACUUUCCCCGACGGACGACGAAAUAGCCGCUGCAGAAGCAAAACUAGAAUAUUUACGAUUGAAGCAAGAGAUUAUGGAUUCUGUGAAAAGACGCAAUGCGUUGAUUGUUACUGAGACCCUCAGAAAAAUUGUCAAUUACCGGUACAGAGAAGCGCUUGUUGUUGAGGUGGAAAAACUGCUCAACUUCCGUUCUGAACUCCUGGGAUUACAAGGUUACACAAAAGAACUACCUGGGAUACGGGAAGCUAAUGAAGAAUUGUACAAGUUGACUAAACCGACGCCGCCUGUCCAUAACACCAUGAUUGCCCUGCUUCUACUAUUGGGAUAUAAGGGAAAUGUUAAGGAUUGGAAAUAUAUCCAAUCACAAAUGACCUUGUCCAAAGAUCGGUUAAACCAGCUGACACUGAUCAAACGCAUAGAAUACAUGAGCGACCGGAACUUUCCCUGGGCCAACAUGGAUCUCGAACUGCUUGACCGUGUCAAUAUCGUGGUCCACACGUACUCAUAUGAGCAGGUCAACCACGUCAGCCAGGCAGCCGCUACCAUGUACAAGUUGAUUGAUGCCAUGCUCAUAAAAGCCAGGGACGCAUUUCGCAAUUCGGCUUAGAAGGAGAAAUAAAAAUAAUGAAAUUAUUGCAAAAUAAUCUUCAUUGUUUAUAGACAUAUCUGUGAUAAUUUCAAUAGUCUGAAAGCAACUUAAAGAACAUACUCGCCACUUUAAGAAAAGAAUAACAGACAUUCAACAAACCAAAUUAAUGUUGGAAUUCCAUGUUUUCCCAUUAAUAUGCAAUAAAUCAUAUUUAAUUGACAUUAAUGUUUGAUAUGAAUUUGAUUGUUUUGUUGUUUAUGGUAUUGAGUAAUGUAUUUUAUAGCGAA